GCGACGCCCGCCCCACGUGUCCCUCGCCGCGCCUCGUCCGCUCGCCCCCGCCCGCGGCGCAGGGUCCCAAGAUGGCGGCGCCCAGCAGACACCGGAACGGCUGUGGCACGGCCUGGUUUGCCGCGCUGCUCCUGGCGGCACUGCCUCUGAGGCCGGCGGAGGCCGUGUCCGAGCCCACGACGGUGGCGUUUGACGUGCGGCCCGGUGGCGUCGUGCAUUCCUUCUCCCAGGACGUGGGCCCCGGGGACAAAUUUACCUGUACGUUCACUUACGCAUCUCAAGGAGGAACCAAUGAGCAAUGGCAGAUGAGUCUGGGCACCAGCGAAGACCAUCAGCACUUCACCUGCACCAUCUGGAGGCCCCAGGGGAAGUCCUACCUCUACUUCACGCAGUUCAAGGCCGAGGUGCGUGGUGCCGAGAUCGAGUAUGCCAUGGCCUACUCCAAAGCCGCAUUUGAACGAGAAAGCGAUGUUCCCCUGAAAAAUGAGGAAUUUGAAGUGACCAAAACAGCAGUGACGCACAGGCCGGGCGCCUUCAAGGCCGAGCUGUCCAAGCUGGUGGUCGUGGCCAAGGCCGCUCGAAGCGAGCUGUGACCAGCAGCGACGGGCAGAGCGCUGGGAGAUGGCCUGUCUCAGGGUACCCUUGGUGUCCGCUGCGCCAGUGACCCUCUCAGCCAGCAGCCGUGUGUGGAGAAGCCGCUACCCGCCGUGCUCCUCACCUGCGGACCCAGGGCGCCCGCCUCCUGCAGCCAGGCGGGGUCUCCAGGGACCUGCCAGGCACCGGGAGCCCCCAGGACUCAACCCCACCAUCACCCGGGGGACCUCCUUUGAGACAACGGGGAAGACACCAAAUGUUCUUUCAUAUUUAAAUAAAUAACGGAGAAAAGGGGCUGGGGAUUUAGCUCAGCGGCACAGUG